UCGAAAGAUACAAUAUCAUCACACCACACAUAAUAACAGAAAAACUGAAACUUUUUCCAUUUCUCUGUCCUCCGUUGACGGCUUUUGUUGACAAUUCUUAAAAACUGAUAUUUGUUCAUUAGAAACACAAAAUUUAGUACAGUAAAAGCUAAAUUCAAUUAAAUUAUGGAAGAUUAAAUUGUUGAUACAUCAACGUGCAGUGAUUUGCAAGUGCAGGUAUCGCCUACUUUCCUCCGUCACCCUAAUUCCAGAGAUUGUUUGAAUACCUCAUCGGCUCAUCGUCCACUUCAGCUUCCGUCACGGCGUUACAUCAAAAUAAACCAGCUUCGCUAGACUAAAUAUCAAAUCAAGAAACGGCCACAAGAUUGUGGAUAAUAACAAUAAUAAUAAAGAAUGGAGGUGAGAGAAAAAUAUACAAAGGAUAACAGCUGAACAGCCAUUUGUAUCUGGCUCUAUUUGCAUGACAGUUGGACGUUUUGUCACGGUUUGGUUUCCAAUUUGCAGUUUACCCUUCCCGUGUAGGUGAAAUCUACUAAUUAAGACAUUAGAGUUCAUCAUGCCAGGAAAUAAUAAGAAAAAAGCACGACUUGGAACGAGAAAAACUGUUACGAGGACUCUGAAUCAGUCUGAAAAGCCAAGUGGACUUGAUUUGAUUAAUACUCUGAAUGAUGAUUGCCUGGGGAGAAUAUUCAUGUACCUUGAUAUUUGGGACAGACUCAAGAUUCAGAAAGUUUGCAAACGUUGGAAGGAAAAUCCUCGGCUGGCCUGGGGUGAUCUUCGAGUCCUGGACUCCGACAAACGUGGACAGCUGCCGCUGGACCUCUGGGACAACGCAGGCAUCGCGAGAAUCUUGAGGCAAGCUGGACGUUUCGUGAGAGAAUUAAGACUAGUCCAACUUUGUACAAGUCUCAUUUUACCUGUCGUUGCUGAGAAUUGCCACAACCUAACAACAUUGGAGGUUGAGCUCCCUUACCAUGACAUGACCUGCAUCAAGUGGUUUCCGAAAAUGGACGGGUUGAUGUACUUUAGAAUGCAGGCUAAUAGCCAACAUUUCUCAGAAAAUUUCUUCCAGACUCUGCCGCACGAGAGCUUGAUUGAGCUUCACCUCACCGUGUGCUCUACAGACAGCCGUAUUCCUGCUUAUGUACCUCGUGCAGCUGCCAGUGCCAUCGAGAAACUCACCAAACUAACAGAUUUGACCCUGAACCGAUUUGCCCUGACACCCCAUCUGCUCGCAAGUAUAAACCAGAAUCCCAAUCUCACAUCUCUGGCUCUCCCAAACUGCUCUGUCAGAAGAGGAGUUACCCCUUUGAACCGUCUUGUCAAUCUCGAGUACCUCAACCUCGCCAAGAUUCUCGAAGUCGACGAUCAGCUUGUGAUGCAGAUCUCGGACACUUGCAAAAAGCUGAAGUCCCUGAAUCUCAGUGAUUGUCACAAUCUGACUGACAAUGGAAUCAGUAAAUUGCACAAUCUUCAGCUUGAGGAACUGUACCUGAGCGGUGUAUUUAGGAUUACAGAUCUGCACUUGGCUCAGAUGCAUACACUCAGGAAGUUGGAGUGUCACUGCUGCAGCAAUAUCCACGACAAUGGGAUACUCACCCUCAUGCGGUCUGCACCUAAUUUGGAGUGCCUGAAUCUGUGGAGUACUGGAGUGAGUUCGAAGGUUCUCACAGAGGCAGCCACCAUCAUAAGGCAAAGGAACACCGAUGUCCCAUUUCGCAUUUUUGCUAGUCUAAACGUGCGACCUUAUAUUGACGAUGAUGAUUGGUUCCCUUUCCUGAUCAUCAAUCAUCGCUCCCGAAUGAUCGAUUCAAGCAGCUCUGAUGACAGUAGCGACACUGAAGAUGCAGAGGAUGAUGAUUAGUUUGAUUAUCGGGAACGCAUCAACAUGUAGAGACUCAGCGAACAAUCAUAAAUACCAAUUUAUUGAUCUUAAGAGAGGCUAUUGAGUUUAAUUCAUCCGAUUCAUGCUUAUGUGAUAAUGAUCCAUUAAAAAUGGCUUAAGAAACAAUUUACUUUUCUCGACAAAAUUGAAGCUUCAGAGAUAUGAUUUUUUUCACCUCAAAAUUUAUCGCAAAUUCAUGGAAAGGGUGAGAAAAAAUGUAACUUGUCUGGAAACAAUAAAAGAGUGAUUUGAUAAUU